AUGUCGCAACAUCAGGCUUCCUCCACGGCGGCGCCCUCGGUCGACCAAUCCAACCUCGACUUGGAAAAGCAGAACUCAUCCAACGCUGCCACCGCGAUCGGUCACAGCGACAAGGCCUUCUCAGAGAAGGAAGACUCGGCCCCCGCAGCCCCCAUCAAGGGUGCCUCGGUCGGCUUCGCCCCUCAGACCGCCCCUACUUACCUUUCCGCCGACCGCACCAACGACACAGCCGCCCGACCCACACGCACCUUCUCUCGGCGUUCACGCACCGAAGCCCACGACUCGACACAUCCUUUUGGUGGUGAUCUCGAACGCUCGCAUACCGAAGACCACCUCGAGCGCUUUCAAUCGCAAGCUGGCAAGGACGUCGUCAUCGUCCAUUGGGAGGGCGAGGACGAUAGGGAAAACCCCUUCACCUGGUCCCGCGCCUAUCGAUGGUACCUCACCAUGCUUGCCGGUCUGCUGGUGCUCAAUUCGACCUUCACCUCGUCCGCUCCGUCCGGUAUCGUCCCUGAGCUCAUCGGCGAGUUCAAGUUUGGGCGCGAGGUGGCCGUUCUCAGUCUCUCCAUCUUUGUCGCUGGCUACUGUCUCGGCCCGCUCCUGUGGGGUCCGCUCUCCGAACAAUUCGGUCGUCGACCCGUCUUCAUCCUCGCCAUGUUCGUCUACACCGCCUUCAACGUCGGUUGUGCUCUAUCGAAAAACACCGCUUCCAUCCUCGUCUUCCGCUUCCUCGCAGGCACCUUUGCCGCUUCGCCCCUCACCAACUCCGGCGGUGUCAUCGCCGAUCUGUGGGACGCAAAGACGCGUGGUAUUGCGCUCUCCAUCUUCUCGCUGGCGCCCUUUGCAGGUCCUGCGCUGGGUCCCAUUGUUUCCGGCUUCAUUGCCGUCAGCGGCACCAGCUGGAGAUGGCUCUUCUGGGUCUGCACCAUUUUCUCGGGCGUCUGCCUCAUCCUCGUCGUCGCUACCCUCCCAGAGACCUACGCACCCAUCAUUCUGUUGAAGAAGGCCAAGAGGAUCAGGAAGGAAACCGGCGACGACAGGUACAAGGCUCCGAUCGAACUCGUCAAGAUCGAAUGGAAGGACCGACUCAACAAGACCCUCCUCAAGCCGUUUAUCAUGCUCGCACAGGAACCGAUGCUGCUCGUCAUGACCAUCUGGAUGAGCUUCGUUUAUGGCGUUGUCUAUCUCCUCUUCGAGGCCUUCCCGAUCGUCUUCGAACAGGGCCACGGUUUCAACUCGGGCAUCUCUGGGCUCAUGUUUGUCCCCUUCUUCCUAGGCGGAUGCGCCGCGGUGGCCCUCUACGUCGCCUACUUCAACCCGAAGUACGUCAAAGAAGCGGAUCGACUCAAGGCGGAAGGCGUCGACCGGGUGCCGCCCGAGGAGCGACUCUAUGUGAUCAUGUUGGCGGCCCCAUGUCUGGUGGUGGCCUUCUUCUGGUUCGGCUGGACGAGCUAUCCCUCGAUCAGCUACUGGUCGCCCAUGAUGGCCGGAUCGCUCAUCGGUUUCGGCGUGCUCUUUUGCUUCCUCGGCGUCUUUAACUACCUUAUCGACGUCUACCUCGCCAACGCGGCGUCGGCGCUCGCUGCCAACACCGUCUGUCGUUCCGCGGCUGGGUUCGGGUUUCCAUUAUUUGCAACAAGUAUGUUCAAUGCGCUAACACCACGAUGGGCUUCGUCGCUGUUGGGAUUCAUCGCGCUUGUCAUGGUACCGGUGCCGUUCUUGUUGUUCAAGUACGGACAAAAAAUCCGCGGCAUGUCGAAACACGCUAUGUAA